UACACCUAAAUAUCUACUUUAGCAACCACCAGCACCAUCGCUUCUCUUCUUCAUUGAAUCAUUUCAUCCCUAAAAAUUUCACGAAAUUCGCAACAAUGGCGUCAAAUGGACACCCUAAACCCGCGCCUCUGGAGUGCUCGCAGGACAUGAACGAGGUCCAGAAGGUCUUCGAUCGGUUCGAUUCCAACCACGACGGCAAGAUCUCUCCGGAGGAGCUAUCCGGCGUCCUGGAGAAGCUCGGAUCCGGCGUCUCCCCCAAGGAGGUGUGCGAGAUUAUGGAGGACAUCGACACGAACAAGGACGGCUUCAUCAAUCUCCAGGAGUUCGCCGGAUUCUGCAAGGGCCGCGACGGAGACAGCGCCGACAAGGAGCUCCGCGAGGCCUUCGAGCUCUACGAUCAGGACAGGAACGGCUUGAUCUCCGCCGCCGAGCUCCACUUGAUCCUCACGCGCCUCGGAGAGCAAUGCUCCGUCGACGACUGCGCCGGGAUGAUCAAGUCCUUCGACACCGACGGCGACGGCAACGUCAGCUUUGAGGAGUUCAGGACGAUGAUGGCCGUCAAGCCCUAACUCAUAGUGAGUCAACGCGUUUUCUAAAGGUUGGCGCACGGAAUUUCGGUGUGCGCGUCUGUAGGUUAUCCCUUCUUCUAGCGUAAAGUAAUGUUGGGCUUUUUAGCGUAAAUAAUGACUGUUUGCUGGGUUAUUACUUAUUAGAUGAUGGCGUGUGGAAUAUACGGACCAUACGGAAAUGUCAAAUGUGUAAUCAAAUCUCUAACAUUACUUUGUUGACUUUGGAUUUA